UUUCAAAUUCUUUGCAGUUCACUUCAACAUUUCUUAUCAUUGAACAGACAAACUAAUUGGAAUCGAUUCGUAAAUAUACACAGCUUGGUCGCGCAAGAAUACCAAGUAAAUCACGGUACAACAUUAAGAACAAACACAGAGAACAUGUCGACGUAUCCAUCAACCUACACCGCCUAUCGACGAAGCCCUGGCACUUCAGCGCCUCCGAAUGGCCGCCUCACCAUUUUUCCCAGUACUGAAGAAUCUCUUCCCUUGGCAUCCCAGCUGCGUCCCGACGAUGUCAUUGUCAAGAUCCACGCCAUUUCCCUCAACUACCGCGAUGUCGGUAUUCUCAUAGGCAACUACCCCCUUGCCGUCGAAAGUGGCGGGAUUCCAUGCUCGGACGCUGCUUGCGAGGUCGUUGCGGUUGGGGAACAAGUGUCUGCUUUCAGUGUGGGGGACCGCGUGACGCCCAUUACGUCUAUUGGAGAGCGAGGUGGGAAAGAUGACGACGAUGAUGGGAUGGAUGUUCAUAUAGGCGUGGACACCGCGGGAAUGAUGGCAGAGUUUGCGGUAGUGAAGGAAAAACAUCUAGUGCGCUUGCCAGAAGGUCUGAGCUGGGAAGAAGGAUCAACCCUAGCAUGUGCGGGCGUGACUGCCUACAACGCCCUCUCCAAGCUUCAGUAUGUCCCUAAAGAUGCGACAGCUGUUCUUCAGGGUACCGGUGGCGUAAGCAUGUUUGCUCUAGCUCUCUGUGUUGCUGCAGGCAUUCAGCCGAUCAUCACGUCGUCCUCGGAUGCGAAAUUAGCCGCCAUUGCCAGACUGUAUCCGACCGUCCUCGGCAUCAAUUAUAAGACGCUUGGUUCUGACGCCGCUGUUGCAGCAGAGGUCAAACGCUUGACAGACGGCCGCGGCGUUGACUUUGUGAUCAAUAAUUCAGGGCCAGGAUCUCUCAUGCACGAUAUAGAUAUGCUGCGUGACCGUGACGGCGCAGUUUCCCUGGUAGGGUUCCUGAAUGGAUUUCAGGCAGAUUGGUCGCCUAGUGGGCUGAUGGCGCUGAUGGCGAAGAGAGCCAAAUUGCAGGGCAUCGGUAUGGGCUCGAAGAAAGACUUCGAAGAAAUGAAUGCAUAUAUCCAGGACAAGAAGGUAGACCUCAAGCCACUACUUUCAAAACCAUUCUUCGACUUCAAGGACACUGAAAAGGCGUUUGACAAGCUUGAGUCUGGAGAUUUCACGGGAAAGAUUAUCAUCAAAGUACCUUGA